UGACUGCGGGGUUCUGGGUUCAGGUUCUUCCUUGACAAGCGGCUGGACUCGAUGAUCCAGAGAGUGAUGGUCCUCCAAAGGAGAUAGAGCCCUGGAAUCCUAGUUCCUAGACGAGCAGACAGGAAGUCUAGAAGCCACUUCCUGUUUCCGCCCCGAAGGUGCUCCCGUCUUUUCCUUCCUGGAAGAGCCCCCUCCCUCUUUCAGAGUUCCAAGCGAGACCAAAGGCGCCUCUUAGGGAAGCCGGGAAGCCCCCGGGAAGGGGAGAAGGAGGGGAAGUGGGGCAGCGGUUGGAGAAGCUGGUUGUGGGGCUUGGCUUGAGGGAGAAAGAGAGAGGGAAAAGGCAGUCCAUUUGCUUCCAUUCUUUUGGCUCCUAUUGGAGAUGAAAAUGGAGGUCUCAGCCAGUUCUGGAGCUGGAAAGGAGCUGAAUGACAUGGAGGGUUGGAGCAACGAGGAAUUCCCAGAAAGAACUGGACAGAACAACCUUGAUACGGACUCUCCUGACCCGGAAGCCCAGUGCCAGCAUUUUCGGGAAUUCAGCUACCAGGAGGAUGAAGGGCCGCGAGGGGUUUGUAGCCAACUUCAUCGUCUCUGCCGUCAGUGGCUGAAACCAGAAAAACACACCAAGGCUGAGAUGCUGGACCUGAUUGUCCUUGAACAGUUCCUGGCUGUCCUGCCACCAGCGAUGAAGAUCUGGGUCAGAGAGUGCAAGCCGGAAACCACUUCCCAGGCCAUGUCGCUGGCGGAAGGUUUCCUCCUGAGCCAGAGAGUGGAGAAGAAGGAGGAAGAGGAACUGAGUUGUUCAGAAUCUGUCCCUGGCUCCCCUCUGGCAGUGGACUCCCCUUUGUCCCUCAGGCAGAGGUCACUGGAGGGGAUUGGAGAAGCCGUCUCACAGGGCAUUGAAAAUAUGCAGGGAACCUCUCCCUCAUCUCUCCUUUGCGGAGGAAUGGAAGCUGUGCCUGUGCAGCCAGAACAGGGUCCUGUAACCUUUGAUGAAGUUGCCGUGAAUUUCACAGAGGCAGAGUGGGCAUUGCUGGAUCAUAACCAAAGGGCCUGCCACAGGGACGUCAUGGAGGAGACGCGUGAAAAUGUGGUGUCUUUGGCCCAUGAGGGAAGACACAGCGAGAACCAGGAAGAAUUGUAUUGGUUAGACUUGGAAACAGAUGUUUGUAAAGAGAGUUAUCUUCAAGGAAGGAGAUGUGAAGCAAAUAAACACAAUAGAAAUGAAGAUUUUGCUUUUCCACUCGGAGAUUCGCAAGAUGCUGUGCUCCAAGAAAACAGAGAAAAAAGGAAGGAAAUGGGUAAAUGUUCUUUGUACGGAAAUAACUGUAGUCUAAGUGCUACUUGGACAAUCCACAUGGGAGGAAGACCACUGAAAACCCCAGAAAGUGGCAAGAGUCUUUGUGAUUAUUCCCCCUUCAGAAUUCACCAAACUUUUUGGAGCUUCGAUUGUAGAAAGAGUUUCCAGCACAGACCAAACUCUGUUUUCCCUCAGGGAACAGAAACAGAGAAACCUUUUAAAUGUGUAGAGUGUGGAAAGAGCUUCAGUCACAGGGCAUACCUGACUUGUCAUCUGCGGUUCCACACCAGGGAGAAAGCAUUUCAGUGCUCAGAAUGUGGAAAGAGCUUUGGGAAGAACAAUACCCUGAAAAACCACAUGAGAAUCCACACAGGGGAGAAACCGUUUGCAUGCUUGGAAUGUGGAAAGAGCUUCUCUCAAGGUGGAAACCUUGGAAGCCAUGUGAAAAUCCACAAAGGGGAGAAACCUUUUAAAUGCCUGCAAUGCACAAAGAGCUUCAGUUACAGGUCAUACCUGGAUCGUCAUUCAAGGAUCCACACUGGGGAGAAGCCAUUUAAGUGCUCAGAAUGUGGGAAGAGCUUCAGGCACAGCACAACCCUGAAUGACCACAUGAGAAUCCACACAGGGGAGAAACCUUUUACAUGUCUGGAAUGUGGGAAGUGUCUCGGUGAGAGAAAAACCCUGAAAAACCACAUGAGAAUCCACACAGGGGAGAAACCUUUUACAUGUCUGGAAUGUGGGAAGUGUCUCGGUGAGAGAAAAACCCUGAAAAACCACAUGAGAAUCCACACAGGGGAGUAACCAUUUAAAUGCCUGAAAUGUGGAAAGAGCUUCAGUCAAAGGGCACACCUGGAUCAGCAUUCGAGGAUCCACACCGGGGAGAAGCCAUUUAAAUGCUCUCAAUGUGGAAAGACCUUCCGUCACAGCAGAAACCUUUCUUUCCAUCAGAAACUCCAUAAUGGAGAAAACCCAUUUAAAUGCUUGGAAUGUGGAAAGUGCUUUAGUUACAGCACACACUUGGUUCGCCAUAUGAGGAUCCACACAGGGCAGAAAGCGUUUACAUGUCUGGAAUGUGGGAAGAGUUUUGGCCACAGCACAACCCUGAGAAUCCACACAGGGAGAAACCAUUUGUCUCCUUGGAAUGGAACAGACACAGAGAAACCCUUUAAAUGUGUAGAGUAUGGAAAGAGCUUCAGUCGCAAGGCAUCCCUGGCUUGUCAU